AUGGCAACUGCCCCACCUACGACCAAAAUUUCAAUCCGCCUAGCCGUUGAAGAAGACAUCCCACAGCUCAACACCAUCGAAACCUCCGCAGCCCAGCUCUUCCGCACCGUCAAUCUCGCCUGGAUCGCCGACUCUCCCCCCCUUGACCCAGUCACCCUGCGCUCAAUGAUCGCGCAGCAGAACGUAUGGGUUGCAGUCACAGCAGACAACACAGCAGUAGGCUUCAUCGCCGUGCAAGGGCUAGACGGGAUGCUCUACAUCGCGGAGAUGGACGUCCACGAAGACUGGCAGAGGAGGGGGAUUGCGCGGAUGCUGCUUAAGGAGGUGGAAGGGCAGGCGAGAGAGGGGGGUUACGAGUAUGUUUCUCUCACGACGUAUCGGGAUUUGCGAUUUAAUGGACCGUUCUAUGCGAGGAUGGGGUUUGAGGAGGUGGAUGUGGAUAUCGCUGGGGAGGGCCAUGCACGGGAGUUGGAGGAGCAGGCAAGGGGUGGGCAUGAUAGGGAUAGGAGAUGUGUGAUGCGGAAGAGAGUGUAG